GAUGUCAAGCUGAGGCCUGGAUGUGCUGCAGCAGGGGGGUCGGGGGGGGGGAAAACAUAACAAGAUUUUUUUUUUCCCGGUUGCGAUUGCAGAAAAAAAAAAAAAAAAACCCAAUUCAAAUAAAAUGUAACGAUUGCACCACCAAGCGCAGCGGAUUGGAAUCGGGAAUAGCAGUAGCAUCCGGGCUAAGACCCCGAAGGCCGUUGCAAUGUUGCACAUGUGAAAGAGAGACAAGCUCACCAUGGAAACGCACUUUGAAUCUAUACGUUCCUGUUCACCAUGACGCCCAGUAGAGGAUUCUGGGAUUGACGCGGGAAUAUUUCCCACUGAUGGCCAGGACUGGGUGUCAGCCGCUCUGCUGAAGCAAUGGGAAGCUGCUAUAGUUGUCUGUACAGAGACACAAUCCCAGACAACCACCCAACCAGAUUCAAGGUGACGAAUGUGGACGAUGAAGGGAACGAGCUGGGCUCCGGCUCCAUGGAGCUCACUCAGACUGAGCUCAUCCUGCACACCCGCAAGCGCGACGCUGUCAGGUGGCCCUACCUCUGCCUGCGCCGCUACGGCUACGACUCCAACCUCUUCUCCUUCGAGAGUGGCCGUCGCUGCCAGACCGGCCAAGGUAUCUUUGCCUUCAAGUGCUCCCGUGCAGAGGAGAUCUUCAACCUGCUGCAGGAGCUCAUGCAGUGCAACAGCAUCAACGUGGUGGAGGAGCCCGUCAUCAUCACACGCAACAGCCACCCCCCCGAGCUGGACCUGCCACGCACCCCGCAGACCCCCAACACUCCAGCCUACACUGUCCCCGGAUUCCCCAAUGGAUACCCUGGAUACCCAGUGGGAGGGGACGGCUCCUCUCACCCCUCAACACGCCACCCCUCCCUGGGAGAGGACUCCACCCACGGGCUCAUUGGCAUUGAGGACCAGGCCCAUACUUACGUGAACACUGCCAGCGCAGAUGGGGAGUCCCAUGGGCGACACUGUGUCCACUCCCUGCCAGAGGUGCGGCCCAACCCUUACCCGGAGAGCGCCAGGGGGGGUGUCGGGCCUGGGGGUCACCCUGGCAUCCACUGCUGUCCUCUGGAGGAGCGCAACCCCCAGGUGUUCCUGCAGCCCCCCACGGGAGAGGUGAAGUUCGUGCUGGGGCCCACCCCUGCCCAGUGCAGGCUGAUGGAGCGGGAGAGGGAGGCCCUGGCCAAGCAGCUCCACGUGCACCACCACACGCACCUGUCCGGCGAGGCCGUCCCGGAACUGGAAGGGCCCCCCCCUCUGCCCAUCCCCCACCUCCACCACCUGCACCCCUCAUACCACCACCUCCACCCCCACCACCCUCACCACAACAACAACAACGAGCACAAGGAAGGCUGCCAGAACGCCAGGCUGACCUACGAGAACAUCAACGGCCUGGGAGGGGGAGGGCUGAGGAGGGGAGGCAGCCUGGGCGGUUCUGGAGGAGGAGGUGGGAGGAUCAAGCUGUUCCCUGGCAGCGUCUCCCUCUCCGGGUGCUCCAGCAGCAGCAGCAGUGGAGGGGAGGGUCCCCACUCCCUGCCUCCCUCCUCCUCCUCCUCCUCCUCUCAAGGGUUCGGCUGCAUGGGGGUCGGCAGUGGCCACCGCAAGAUGGCUCUCCUGAACUACGAGAACCUGCCAUCGCUGCCGCCGGUGUGGGAGUAUCGCGCACUGCAAAAGGAGGAGGAGGAGGAGGACGAAGAGGAGGAGGAUGAGGAGGAAGAGGAGGAGGAUUAUGAGGAAGAGGAGUACGACGAGUACUCGGAGGGGCCCGGAACGCCUAACGGCUACCAUGACGACGGCGGCAACGGGAGGGAGGUCAUGCGGAACUAUGUGAACACAGACCGCCUGCCUCAGGGAGGCAGGAGGCCGGCGUGCCCCCCGAGAAGGCAGCACAGAGCUGGGGAUUUCCACGGAGGAGGAGGAGGAGGAGGAGGAGGAGGUGGUGGUAAUGGGGUCUUUAGCUUCGAUUUCAGGAGGGGUGACCCAUCCCAGCAGCGGCAGCUCAACUACAUCCAGGUUGAUCUGGACGGGGAUUCAGAGCGUGGGAUGGGAGGGGGUAUGGGGACAGGAGGAGGAGGCGGCAACCCCCAGCAGCAGCCCAUGCCCUGCGCGGGCCCCCCAGGCCCCCAGCCCCCCCGCCGCAGCGAGUUCUAUGCCGUUAUCGACCUGAAGAAGACCGCCGCCAUGUCCAGCCUGCAGAGGGCGCUGCCUCGGGAUGACGGGACGUCGCGGAAAACCAGGCAUAACAGCACUGACCUGCCGCUGUGAGGAGCAGGGGGUACAGAGAGGAGAGAGAGCAAGAGGUGGAAGGUGAAGUGACCCCCUCUCCAGCCUCCUUGCGAUGGUACGGCAGUAUUCGGACCCCCUUUCCUUCCUCCCUUUACUCAGAAGAGGUUUGACCCACGUCGAGCAAUGAGCUCUGUGACUUGCCUGCGUGCAACUGUCGGCGAAACUAUGAAACGUGACUCACAAGCAGCUUGACGGUUUCAGCUGUAACUGACAAGUUAGGUCAGCCUGAAAAAAGUAAAAGGAAACCUGCCGAUGUGUUUUUGGCCAGCCGUCUGUUCAGGAUUGUCCUGGCUGCUCCUGAUCGAAGCUGGUGGCAUGUUGGAAUAGCCGCAGGGACAACUUGAUGUAGGCAGGGCAUGGCCCUCGAGCGAGAGGCGUGCCAGCUGUUGUGUAUUGUGUGUGACACACCUCCCAUCUAGCCUUGUAGCUCUCAGAAGAUGCAGCAUCCCCUUUUUACAGCCACUGAUUGCCAGCUCCUGUACCUCAUUAGUUUGAUUGAACAGUGAGGUGAGGGUAAGGAUUAUUUUGUUUUGUUUUAUAAUGGAGUGAAUAGGAAACACACAGAUUGCCACAAAGAUCCAGGAAAACACCUCUCUUCAUGUAUUUAGCAUGAUAGCUAUUAUUAUUAUUAUUAUUAUUAUUAUUAUUAUUAGUAUUAGUAUUAGUAUUAGUAUUAGUAUUAUUAUUAGUAUUAUUAUUUAGACAUUGCACACACACAACUGUAAGAUCAAACAUGUACACCGAUAUUGAAACACAGUUCAUGCAUGCAGACAUACAAACAUAUAUUCUACGUCCUUUAGUUGUUUUGUUUUUAAUUUGGAAAAUAAUAAACACAAAAAAACAAUUCCACAUCACUUCCAGAACGCAGGGAAGAUCAGUCCAAGUUACGUUUGUUUUCUGUGGGUGGCGGCUGUUUUGAGAUACAUAUUGACAAAAAACAGAAAGGGGGUGCUGCAUCGUUACCAUUUGUGACCAUUUUGCUUGUUAUUAAAAUAAAAUAAAAAACAUAUAUAUUUAUCCAUUCCGAAACUAAAUGCUACAAAAGGGAAAGGCGCUUCGCAUUAACAUGCAAUUCUACAAAGGUGCCAAAUUUCCUUUACUGUACAGUAUGAGUAUAGUGACUCAAAUUUUUUUCCAUGUGCCAUUACAUAGUCUGGGAAUGUGAGGGCUAAAAAACCUAAGAAGAAGAAGUCUUAACUGUGAAGGUUUUUUUUUCCUUGUGUUGAAUCUGCAGCAAGUACUCGGUGUGCAUUCUGUAGAGGUUUCAGGCUCACUGGACCAUGGCAGGUAGUCCAGUCUGUUGGGUAUUGGGCAAAUGAAAGCUACACGCAGAAAUCGUCUGGUUUAAUUUUAACCAGCAUCUCACUGAGAGGAUCUUGAAUUUGGCAAGACUUUUUCUGCCAGCCCCAGCUGUGCUCUGGGGUUAAAAUGUUCCCAGAGUUACCUCCAAGCCUUGUUCUUGAGGGUCUCUGGUGACAGAGUAACCACCAGAAGUGAAAACCCACCAAUCAGAUUCUGAUAUGCACACUUUUAGGAUAAACAAAACCAUGCGCACCCCACCCACUUUAUAACUCCACUGUAUCAGGAGUGAGCAUUCCUAGGAAGGGUUAGUGGCCGACCGAAUGCGAUUUGGUCCUUUUGAAGCAAGGCACCAGUGCAGUCUGGUGGUAUUGGUGUUUGAACACUGCCUUCUGCUUUGUUUCCACAUUGCUGGCCAAAACAGAUCAGAUUAGAAUAAGAGAAAGGGUUCUGAAUAAGCAGGUUUUAACAAGACCCCUGGUGGAAGCAAUGCAAGGCUGUAGAAUGGGUGUGGGUGUGCAUUAGCAGGAGCCUUUUUACAAAACAGAUUGUGAAACAGAAACCCUUAGUGAGAGAAGACUGGAGUCUGCUGCUGCUGAAGCCAGCGGGCGCCCUGUUAUCUUUGCGUUUUUAUAUCAUAAAUAUGCUCAACAUAUCACUACACUGUGCCAUAACAAAAGGUGCCAACCCUACUCUUGAAAACCAAGUCUGUGAAAACUGUACGAUAGGCAGGAAACAGAGGAACCCAUUUAACAAUGAACAGCUGGCCGUUUGUAAUGUUUUAUUUCCGAGGUUGCUGUUGAGUACGAUUUCCAUUCUUCUCCUUCAGUGUUUAGUCUAGUUUUAGAUCUGUCUUGCUGACGGCUUGGUUUUAAGUUCCUAAGGUACCCAGACCUCAGCGAUUAUUUCAGUUCUAUUAAAAGUGCCAAUGGUUUGAGAAUUGGCUGUUGUAUUCAAGUGUACUUUUUUUAUUGUAUUUUUUUUAUAUAGCUUUUAAUUUCAGUUUAUUCAAAUGUAUAGUAACACUUACUCAUUUUAGAAUCCUAAACUAAAUAAAUAAAUAAACUAGCAACCAGCUGUAAAACGAAGCCUACCUGUUGGUAUUUAUCCUGUGAAAUGCCUGGCGGGGUUACAUACAAAUCGGUUUUUUAUAUUCCCCUGUGCUCAAAUAAACCCAGAUAAGCCUGAAGCUGUUGCCAUUGCUACCUUUUCUUAAAACACAGUGCCAAAGCUCCUGUCACAUUGCCAAACCGCUAAAUAAUCAGUACUUCACAGUGCUUUAAAAAAAAAAAAAAAAAAGAGCUUCAAUGUCUUUCCUGUGCCGGAUAUACAACUUCAUUGAUACGUGUAUUGUUUGUAUUUAUUUAUUUCUUUAUUUCUUAAUGUAAGUGUUACUAUAGCUUUAUCCUUAACAGCCAAUCCAAGAAGCCUCAUCUUGUUUCUAAACGCCUCCCGUCUCCAUGUUCUGUUCUCACUCCCCGGCCUGCGUGCCAGCUUUAGUUUGGUGGCAAAUAUUCCCGAUUCCCUCAUUGUACCGGUUUUGUUUCAUUUUGGAAACAUUCCAUGUGGCGGGCUUCAUUGCUAAAUGGCCACGCUUUAUUCUCUGUAAAUAAUAAUAAUAAUAAUAAUAAUAAUAAUAAUAAUAAUAAUAAUACAGAAGUGAGGAAGUGAAAACAUGGAAGAAUCUUCUGUUCUGUUUAGUCUGCUGAAUGUUAAGAGUGACACUGUUAUAAUCCUCCCUGGAUAAUAUAUUCAACGUGACUCCAGUGUUUUUUCCCCCUUUAAUUUUACAUUAGAUCCUUUGAAUCAGGGACCCAAGAAUUUCAGUAGUACAGCAUAAGCAGUGAAGCCAACCUAGAUUUUGCAGAUCGGGAAUCUUUGUUAACGAUUUUUAGUAUUUUGUGUUUCAUGCUAACUUAUCUUUUAUUCUCUUUUUAAAGACUGAUUUGUACGGUGGUUGAUGUUUACAAUCCCAUAUCCUUAACUCUCUCUUGUGCAUGCACUUGUCAUUACUUAUGUUAUUAUUAUUAUUAUUAUUAUUAUUAUUAUUAUUAUUAUUAUUAUAACUAUUUUUUUGUAUUUGUACAGAUGCACGUCUCGUGGGUACUAAAGUGUUCCAGUUAGCUGUAAAUAUUUGCUGUGUGUUCUCGUCUGUCUGUAUGUCAGUCUAUUUGUCAGUGUGCUAUUGUGAGAAUUCUUUAGCUAACGCAAGUCUUACGUUACUAGGAUCCAUGGGAGUGUUUAGGGUUUAAUGCACCACAGCCUCAAAAGCUUUCAGAAUGUAUCCCAAUCGGGGGCUUGGGAGGGGCUGUUUUACGUGGGCUAGCUUCAAAACACAAGGUUUGUGUGACUGUAACUAUUGCUGAUUUCUGGUUACAUGUGUCACAAAGGAUUGUGACCCGCAUCAUUGUAUUCGAUACCAGGGAUUGUGUAGAGAAUACUUUCUCCCGGCACUGGCCUUAAUCUUUGGGGGUUCAGAAUGGGUAGACACCAGUCCCUCUGAGCCUCACCAGCAGCCUUAUUCUGGGCUGAUGACCCUAAAUGUAUAUCACUAUUGUCCUUCAAUACUCUGGGUAACAAAAGAAACUGGCAGCACAUUGACAGCUGCACUUCAGAACACUGCAAAGUUGACCCCUUUUUGAGGUUUAAUUCAGGCUCUACAUUAGAUUGGUGAAAGCUAGUUCUCAAUAGGAUUCAGUGUAGUGCUGCUGAGCAGUUGCUGCCAGUAACAGUAAAGCAGAGCAAUGAUCCUGGAGCUCUGACCCAAGUUGUGUGGUUCCCUGCUGUCUGCUUCUGGACUAGUUCAUAUGUAGUCUUGGUGUCCAAUGGUCCUUGUACAGACCCCUCCCCCAAAAUUCAAAGCCUGUAUCUAUUUAAAGGGGUGCAGUGGUGUUCUGCUGUGCUGGCAGGGUACAUUUUACCUUACACGGGGUAAGAUGAUACAUUUUUGUCCUACUCAGACAUCCCACUGAGUGAAUGAUCUAGGCUAUAGGAGUGACAUGCCUGUGCAGCUCUAAACCCCCUCCCCUAGUUUUCUGGAAGUAUGAAUUAACUCGGUGGAUCACCUUUUUGGGGAUUUUCAUUUUCCUUCGGUACUUUAUAAUCUCGUGGUGUAGGUUUGUGUUGGUUUUUGUGGAGUAAUCCCUUUAAAAAUCCUGGACAGGGAGAGAAUUGGUGUCAGCAGUGGGAUUAGUUUGCAAUGUGGGAGCUGUGGGCGGGGCUGUGCAUUACAUUUCAAACCCAUCCAGGAAGUACAUCAUGUUCAGCACAGCACAGUCUUAGAGACCCACGGGGUUAGAAUACAAACCAUGUAAAGAGAAUGGGGCAUUACAGCACUGGAAAUUCCUGUCCUUAGUUUAAAGUGAAUUUGUGAUUUUGAGAGUGCGUACAAAAUCCCACUGUGAAAAAGACUUGAGUUUUAGACUGGAUAUUUCAUCCAGCCAUUUCCUUGAAUUCCUUCUUUCGUAACAAUAUGUCUGUACAUGUUAUGAUGCCUUUAAAAAAGAUCCCAGCAGUGCCAGGACUCCGGUAUGGGGUUAAAUAUUUGCUAAAUCCAGUGCUUGAUUCCUGCACAGUUUGAAUAAUAAACCUAUAAACCUAAUCGCUGUAAAUAACAUGCUUGCGAUGUUCCUUAAAUAUUAAUUUUAUUUCAAGGUCACUUUUGAAUAGAAAAGACAGGACAAACACAGAACGAUGUAGAUUAGGUGAUAAAACUGACCUUGUAUUGGCAUUUGCUAAGUGCUUGCACGCGCACACACAAGUAACUCCCAGUGGGAGUGCAUUUUGCAUUUAAAACAGUUGCAAUGAAAAAACAAUGCUAAUUCCAACAACGAACUAUGAAUUGAGCUAUAGCUUUCCCUUCGUAGUUUGGUAAGUGCACCCCAGUCCAGACCUCAGCACGCCUUGCCCAGUAAUGUCAAUUGUGCCAAAUGAUCUAGUGGUUAUCCUUUGUAAAGCAUCAGGUCUUUGAACGGGACCAAAAGCCCUCCUGUAACUCAUUCAAGUGACUCCUGUGCAGCCAGGCAUUCACAGACUGGUCCUGACUUUGAGUGGGGAAUGGGGAGCUGUGUCUGAACGAAGCUUUGAGUCCAGGGCUCUGAAAGGGGUUACACCACAAAGGGCUGUCCUAUUCUCCCUCAGCAAACACUAGAGAGAACUAGUUCCUUACUGUAUUGUAACUUUAGUACCGGUACUUGUUUCAUAUAUAUAUAUAUAUAUAUAUAUAUAUAUAUAUAUAUAUAUAUAUAUAUAUAUAUAUAUAUGUAUGUAUGAAAUAUUGAUUAUUUAAGAUGGACAUUCCCUUUGAGGGAUUACAAGAUUUUUAAAGAUUAUAAUUAUUUUGUAUUUUUUUCUCUUGAUGUUUCUGUUUUAUGGAAAUCUAAUAAUUGUAUUAUAAUAUACAUAUAUACAUAUAUGUACACUGUAACUGUUCUAGGUUGAAGCUAUAGCCUCAUUUCAUACCAUUUCUACUUUCUGUAUGGAACUGUACUAAAACAAUGUGAGACCAGUCAAACAUGGGCAGGAAAUGCUGUAUCAUAAUUUAAUGUGCACUGAAAAAUGUAUAUUGAAUAAAGAUAAAAAAGACAGAA